GAGCUGAUGAUCAGAGGCAGUUGUGUGAUGCACGGGUACUGGAACGACCCUGAGAAAACCAAAGAGGCUAUCUCCACAGACCGCUGGUACAAGACUGGGUAAGACAGAGUUUGACUCUAGAUAUCUAUAAUGUGUACAGUGUAAACUGAAUGUAAAGGAGGAAAUACAAUGGUGCGCUAAUGCAGCAGGGGCAGCAGGACAAGCUGAGAUCUGCAACAUAGUAGAUCGCAGUUACUGUAGUUGGUAAGUGUUUUUGGAACUUUGGUCUUUGAGUUUGAUUAGGACUUCUUGUCAGGUAGUUGUCAGACUUUGUUUGAGCAGAUCAUCAGGUGAAUGGUUCCCUCUAUUGUUACCUGUCUGAAAAUCUGAAAGGGGUGGUUUCAGUCAUAAUACUUUGUGGUGUUUAAACACACAUGCUAUGCUGGAGCAUCAGCCUCUUGUGUCAGCCCUCACUGCGCGAAUGAUCAAAUUGGGCAAAGACCUGCUAAUCUAUCUGUGCGAGUCCACUGAGGAACGACACUGACUGGGUAGUCUUUUCCCACUAUUUGUAACCUGCCUCACCCACCAUGCUACAAUACCAUCCGUGUCUUCCAAGGCUUAUCUCCUUCAACCUUGGACAAUUAAAUUGCCAGUUGGCUGUAAAUAAAACAGAAUUAAUCCAAACACUGGUUAAUUCUUCAGAUAUUCAGGUACAAGCCCUGACUUAAACCUCGGUCUGUCCAGAAAACACUGCCACACCAGCUGCUCUUUCUGCUAACUCCAUCUGUUCCCACACACCCCAUGCUGUUGGAUGGGGAAGUGCUGGAGUCCUCACUUCUGAAAAAUAGAAGUUCACUAUGUUCUCUCUGCCAAACAAUAGCUCCGCAUUCGAACACCAUGCAAUCAGUGUCACUGCACUGGUUAAGCUAUUUCUUGUUAUCAUAAACUGCCUUCCAUGGUGUCAAUGAGGCCAUUUUGUAGUCGAACUGGACAUGCUGCUCUCAGCCAUUCAGGACUUUGACACGUCACUCGUUUUCAUGGGAAACAUUAACAGUCACACAGAUAAAGCCCAAAGAACUGACUUUCUGUUACUUAUGACAUCAUUUCAAGCAAGUGUCCACCCGUCCCACACUCAAAGCAGGAAACAUACUUGACUUAAUUUUCUGCCAAAACUGCUCCACAACAAAUCUGAGUGUCACUCCACUUCCUCUGUCAGAUCACUAUUUUAUUCAAUUCACUCUCUUAUUAUCGCAAGAUUUUCCUGUUCUUCUGCAAAUGGUCUCUUUUCGCCGCAAUCUUCUGUCCCUCACACCAACCUGGUUUUCUUUCUUCUUCUUAAAAUAUAAUUUUUGAGUCUUUUUUUGACAGGUUAAUGUAGACAGGCAAACAGGAAAGUAGGGAGAAGACCUGCAGCACAGGGCCUUGAGCUAGAAUCAAACCCAGGGCACUGCAUUAGGGACUAUAGCUCCUGUUUGUGGGUCCCCCACUCAAGCAGUUGAGCCACCUGGGCUCCUCUGACCAAGUUUUCUUCAUGAGGUCUUGGCCUCCAUGCCUCCUCAUAACAUAUUAUCCUCACUCCCAGUUGAUGAGGCCACAGACACUGUGUUACUCACUAGCCUCCUCUUUGAACAAUUUCGCCCCCUCCCCAACAUUGUUCUCCUCAAGUUUAAAAACUGCUUAGUCCAGGUUCUAUCAGAACAAUUUUUCACUCUCUCCUCCCCCCACCUCCCCUACCCUCCACUCUGCUCACUGCAAACAUGCUCACCUCAUUCUUCAUGGACAAAGUCCCUGCAAUCAGUAACCAGUUCUCUGAGCCUGACCAACUCAUUGCAGCUCUUUACUGGCAGGCCUCCCCGUGUGCAUGGUCAAACCUCUGCAGAUGAUCCAGAAUGCAGCAGCAUGUCUGGUUUUCAGUCAGCCAAAAACAGCACAUCACCCCACUGUUCAGAUCGCUUCAUUGGUUUCCAGUUAAAAUUUAAAAUUCUGACACUUGUAUUCAAAAUUACAAUGAAAACACUUCCGUCCUACCUGAAUUCUCGCAUUCAGGUCUACACACCCUCGUGCUCACUAAGUUCGGCCAACAAAAGGUGCCUGAUACAACCACCACAACAGGGCCGGUCAAUAGUUACACUCUUCUCUGCUGUGGUUCCCUGGUGGAGUUACCAAACUCUGAUCUGCAGAGUCGCUCUCAGGCCUUGUCCACACCUAGCUGGGUAAAUCAUAAAACGCAUACAUUUUUCUACGAUUCGGCCUGUCAUCCACACAUAAACGCAGCUUUCUGAUUUUAAAAACGGAGGUUUGGAAAACUCCGGCCAAAGUGGAGAUUUGGGAAAAACCCCGGGUAUGCGUAUACGUGUGGACAGAAAUAAACGGAGUUUUAGGAGCGCAGGAGCGCAGACACAAGAGACGCCGCUGCUGCUGGGUGAAAGCUUAUUCAGAUUGGAUAAGCUUGAUAUAUAUUUACAUUUGAUAUAUAUUUACAUUUAUUUGGUUACAUGUAGAUGGAGAUUUUUGUAGAAAACGGGGACGUAUGGCCGCAGAUUUUUUCCUAAAUGGAGGGGGGCAGAUAUUCGGUUUUAAAAAUACCUGGCUACGUGUGGACAUGGCCUCAGUCUUUAAGAAAAGACUAAAAACCCAGCUUUACAGUAAACACCUUUUGCACUUGACAGAUUGAAAAAAUAAAAGUUCGAUCAUGUCUGAACUGCCUGUAAACACACCGCGGUCCUAUUGUCACACUUGAACUUGUUUUAUGGCUCUUAUCCAGGUUGUUUUCUCUUGACUACAUCCUUGCUUGUGUUGUAUCUUCUCUCACAUGUAAGUCGCUUUGGAUUAAAGUGUCUGCUAAAUGAAACUGCAGAAUUGUACAGUCACAGUGUUCGUUGUGGGGAAUGCUGUGUUGACAAUUUUCAUCGACACAGUGACAUAGCCAGCCUGAACAGUCUGGGUUACUGUCGCAUUGAAGGACGCAUAAAGGACAUGAUCAUCCGUGGUGGAGAGAACAUCUACCCUGCUGAGAUAGAGCAAUUUCUCUAUAAGCAUCCCAAAGUCCAGGAGGUGCAGGUGGUUGGAGUGAAAGAUGAGAGGCUGGGGGAGCAGGUGUGUGCUUGCAUCAGACUGAAGGUGGGCCAAACCUCCAGUGCAGAGGAGAUAAGAGCAUUCUGUAAAGGCCAGAUUUCCCGCUUCAAGAUCCCACAAUAUGUGAUGUUUGUGGACAGCUACCCUAUGACUGCCUCUGGAAAGGUCAAGAAGAACAAAUUGAAGGAGGCGAUGGAGGAGAAAUUAGGUCUUUAACUUUGUGGACCGAGCACCAAAAACUCCACAAUACUACAUACCUAAACAGCUGCUGGAGUGUAAUCUAUUUUAUUCUUGAAUUUGAUAACUAAGAAACCUGAAUAUUUACAGUUUAAACAUUGUCCAUUAGUAAUAGCAGAGUGGAAACUGAGUAAAUCCUACUAAUAAAGGCCACAAGAUUUGACUGAG